CAUCGAUUUGCAUUUCACUUAUGUACAGCUGUAUUAAUAUUCUGGUCUGUAUUGCACCUUGAACAGUUUAGAAGCAACUUUAGGAAGACAUUUCUAUCUUCAUCUUUGACCAAAUAUGAAAGGACGAGUCAUAAUAUUUUCCAUCACUGGUUGCCCCUUUUGCAUGCGAGCCAAGGACAAGAUGCAAAAACUUGGCAUAGAAUACAUCGAUAUCAACUUGGACAAUUAUCCCGAGCGAAGGGCCGAAGCAAAGGAAAAAUCAGGAAGAAAUACCGUACCACAAAUAUUCUUUAAUAACCGACAUAUUGGUGGCUUCGACGACUUCGAUAAAUUGGUAAGAAAAUAUAUUAGAGCUACUCUGACGUUAUUAGACUGUCGAUAGGAUGUUUCGACUUUCGUGCAGUGCAAGUUGUUUGCAGCUAAGUUCAACUUAUUUAUUUAAGGUUGUUCAAGCAUCACAGUUUAAACCAAAAUGGAAAAGUUGUCGUUCGAUUAUGAAGCUGGAGUUUAUUUCAAAAAAUGGCGUGUAUAUGUAACUCUUCUAAGUUCACUUGUAUACACUUUUUCUCUAUAAAGGGAAAAGGAUAUUUACAGGGUGUUUGCUAUGACAUCAAUAAAUACAUAAGAGGUAUAAGCUUAAGCUCAUUUAGCACAAGCAGAAGUGGCUUAAUUCGCGCCAAGUUAUUCUUAGGGCGAAGGGUCAAUAGUUACAGUUGUUAUUGAAGUGUAGCAUUUGUUGAGUAGCAACUAGACAUCCCAUCAGAUCUGAUGAGAUGUGGUUUCAGUUUAAGCUUACUAAAAUGCAUAGUUCAAGGAUUAAAGAAUGGACGAUAAUAUGCAAAUGAAUUAAGACCGGUUGUUUUGUAUAUCAUGGUGACAGUGCAUUAAUUCAUCUGACAACUCGAGAGUGACAAUAAUCUAGACUCGUUUUCUUAUAAUGACAGAGCUAUAUUUAUAUAAGAUGUAAUACUUUUGAUACUUUUUACAAGUUUAUAUUGAUUAUGCAUUAAUACACAUGCCUGCCACACUUCCAAAUAAUUAUUGCAAAGGGCAGCUGUUAUGCUGUUUAAAUAAUUUUGCAAACAUGAUUCCAAAUUGUUUUAGGAUAAUUUUGAGCUGUAAGAUUGUCUUAUUCAUUCCUGUACAACCAUGUGGAAUGAAACACACAAAGAGAUGCUGGAAUUAAAUGGUACAUAGUUGCUGAGUCCUUUGUUUUUAAACCUAAGACUCUGCAGACAUUCUGGCCUGGGUUGCUCGAAGCAUGGUUAGUGCUAACCAGCAUUAAAUACCAUGGAAACCUAUACAUUUUGAUACCUCUUAACCAACGGUUAGCGCUAACCAGGCUUCAAGCAACCGGCCCCUGAACUUUAAAGGCCGAUUUAGACGGAAUGAUUCUUACUUAUGACUAUCUCGCGCUACUAGCAUGUGUCAUGACUUCACGACAGAUCCUGUCGAAAAGUUGUUCACGUGUGGAAUGCUCAAAAGUCAUGACAUAUGCUAGUCAUGUACAAUAGUGGUAUGCAAAAAUCGUACCAUCUAAAUCGGCCUCAAGAUGGAAAGAAACAUGCAAUACUGAGACUGGAAGACUAAUGAACACUUGAUCAAAAUUCUCCAAGAAGCCCAAUUUUCAAGGUACCAUCACCUGUACAAGACAUACAUGUCAUCAGUCCACAUUCAAGACAUGUUCAUGAUCUCAGAUCUUGGGAUGUUUUGGGUUUUAACACUUAUAAUUUUGCUUUUGCACUACAGUUUCCUAUAACAUUUGUCCACAAAAUAUAUUUUUUUUCCUCGCUGUCUCUUUUGACCUGUAGGGAGAAAACUAGCUGUGGACAAUCCUGUACUGGAUGGUACAGUACUUAGCGACAGGAUUCUGAUUGGCUUUGAUUCCCUGGCAAAUUCUUCAUAACCAGCGUGCGCUGAAUGAAUGAAAUGAAAUCUAAAAUUGCUACUACAAUAUAUGUCAUUUAACUAGUAUAUAACUGCAAGUAGCCUUGAAUAGGAAAUCAUUGCUGUUGAUAGAGCGAUUUUUGUAUGAAAUGAAAACGCAUGAACAAAACAGAAACAACAGACGAACAGAAAUAGAGCGAUUUGAUUGGUUUAUCGAACAGAUACAAACGCAUGUGGAUUUUGGUUGGUUAAGCAAACGCUUGGGUGGAAAACUUCAUGCCCGAGAACUUUCUGGAAAUCAACCAAUACUUCGCUUUGACGUCAUACUGCAACACCAUUGGCCAAUCGAACAAUGCCUUCUCCAUAUUGGGGUUUUCUUUGGCGGGAAAACGAACAGGCCAUUUUUUAUCUUUUCAUCCAUUGGCUGAUAAAACAAAUAACGAACACUUACUGAAACCAUUUUUCAAGGUCAUACAAAAAUCGUUCUAAUAUCUUCUUUUCAGACUGAGCCUGAACUUCAAGAGUUAAUCAGAGAAGUAGAAGAGAACCCAGCCCCUCCAGAUGCUCCACAGCCACCCACUCCUAAGACUGGAGACACGGAGGGUGGUAAGGAAAUAACUGACUUUACAGUUGUAUGCUAAGCAACCUACAAUUGGCGACAAAAUUACCAUAUUUCCUCGGAUAAUAGCCAGGAGCAAUUAUUUGAGGGAAGGCAAUUAUUUCAAAUAUUGCUCACUGGAAGCUGUGCCGUUAAUAUUUGUGCCAUUAUUCCAUUAAAUCAAAAAAUUAUCGCAUCUAAUAAACUGAACAUGGGCUUUUUAAGUGUUCCUAAUUUGGUUCCUUGAUUAAUUUUCAGAGCUUGAAUGGUUACUGAUCAGUUUUGUUGGAUCAGAUUCCACUUCAACUUGACAGGGAGAGGAUAAAAGAAAGAGAAGAAGGGGAGGGGCGUGGGGGGGGGGGCAAUUAUUUGGGGGUGGUGGUUAUUUUAAAUUUUUCUAGCAAAGGGUGGCGAGUGGUGGGGGGGGUGUCGUGUGGGGCGAUUGAUUGAUAGACAAGUCUUAUUCGAUGAAACAUGGGAAGUUUGUAUGUGUGGUUGGUGGGGUAUAGAAGGUUAUGUGUCUGUUUGUGUGGAUAAGAUUCCACUGCAAGUUGGGAGGGAGGGGAAAAAAGGAGGAGAGGAGGGGGGGGGGGGUGGGGGGGGGUGAAUUAUUUGAGGGAGGUGGUUAUUUUAAAUAUUUCUAUCAAAGGGGGGCGAUUCUUGGGGGGCGAUUCUUGGGAGGCGAUUAAUUGAGAGACAGUCAUUAUUCGAGGAAACAUGGUAGUUGAGACACUUUGCCCUAAAGGGCUUUUUCUGACAUUUUGCCCACUUCAAAAGGGAUAAUGAGGCUUUUCCUUCCCCUCACCUCCAUGCAAUGUUAGGCUGCUUUUUAAACUCACUCGUAGGAAUGAACAAACACGUUGAAUGGAGGAGAGGGACAGGUUUGUUUUGUUCUCCAAAUUAUUUACAUACCCCAUUUGAGGACAGCAUCUCAACAAUUUAGUGACCAAUAAUUGUGGCAGAAAGGCUGGUGGUGACUUUGUUUUGAAUAAAACUUAGUGCCAUUUAUAUGCAUUAGGGCUCGAAAUAAUUUUUUUGGAUAACUACAUGUAACUCUUUGGGUUAGUGGCCAUAAAUUUUACUAACCAAAUUAUAAAGUUUAAUAUCCAAUAAUCUGUUCUUGAAAUAACAAUAUUUUAACUAUUGAAAAUAGUGCUAAUUAUAUAUGGGGCAAGCUGAUGUAUGGAUGGAUUGGUUCAAAUUGUAUGAUGAUCUGUAAAAAGAAGUACAGAUGGUUUAAUGCUUAUUUACAUUUUCCUUUCAAUUGCGUUACCCGAGGGUGGGAAAUUCGUCAUAAGUACUGCAAAAUGUUGUUUGUUUAGACUCACGGAACUGCAGCCAGGUGAAUGCCUUUUUUCAAUUCUGGGCAGAAAGUUCUUCCUUUAUUCUUCAUGCCCCCUGCGUGAGCCUUGUGUAGUGUUUGAAUCUGUACUUCUUCUCUGUUAUUUUUCUCCAUCUUCCAUGUCCUCUACUCAAAUUUUGGGUGGCAACCUUUUUACUGAAAAAAAGUAUGAAAGAAAAAAGUAUGCAUCUGAUCAGUAUAAUAAAUAGGCUGUAUAAAUGGGCCACUUGCGAAAGAAAACGAAACAAACGCAGAAACAAGCAAAAUGGAUCUCCCCAUCCAACAAAAGCCUGGUUACCAAGAGUUCUGUGAAAUGCGCGUUUUUUGAGUUGUUCGAUUAUGAUGUAACCGUAUCUUUUAGAACAAUAAAUUGUUUGAGAUAGAACACAAUCUUAUGCAAAAAUUGAGGAAUACAUUUAAGAAGAUUUUUCUAUGACAGAAAUUUUUAAUAACCAUUUUGGGUUACUAAGGUUCAUUUUUAGAAACCAAACAUUGGAAACUACUAACCAUUGGUUAAUGGGCUACCAUUAAUUCCGAGCCUUUUGCAUGAAUUUUUGUUUGUACGAAAGUGAGUUUUCUAUGAAAACAAGGUCAUCUUUAGCCUUCCCCCUAUCCUGGGCCAGGAUCCUGACAGUAUACAACUGUUAAUGGUCUUUUCAAGUCAAGGGAGGGACUAUAUAAGUGACAGAUUGAUCAUUGAUGUAUAUAUUGCUAAACAACUCAUAAAUGUGUGGCUUUUUUGCCAGAUUAAGCCUGGAUGUGUCCUUGCACUUUUUCCAGCACCUGUAUACUGUACUAAAAUAUAACAAUAUUUUGGGUUACAAGGAUCACUGUUUUUGUGUGUAAAAAGUUUAACUGAUUAAAUUAAACUUUUAUUUCAGGUAAGGAGGUUGAAGAGAUAGACUUUACUUGUGAGUUGGAUGAAUAUGCCCAGUUUGUCAAAGACUUCAAAGCAAGCGGACUGAUAAAAGAUCACCGUAAAGGACUGAUACGUAAUUAUAAGAACUCCUUUGUUGGCAAGGAGGCAGUGGAUUGGCUUAUAUUGACAAAGAAAGUAGGCAAGUCUAUGUUACACUGUGUCUUGCAUUUGCCAUUCUGUUGAUCUUUUCCAAGAGUGUCUGAAACAGAUAUUGUGGGAAAAUUUGACUCGAAGUUUAUUCUUUUUUCAGAUAGAGAAAAAGCCGUAGAAAUGUGUCGUCAACUUGUUGAGCGCAACUUUGGACAUAGCUUGGAAAAAGGAAAGCAGACUGAGUUUAGGGAUGAUGACAGCAUUUAUCGUCUUCUUGAGGAUGACGAAUCCACUGCUCUUAAUUCUGGGAUGAGCUCUGACUGUGAACCCCGACCCGCCCCUCAAGUGGCUGAGGAGCUGCGACGUUUAAUUUUAGGCCUGUACAAUCAGUUCUUGUCGAAAGAUGGAAAGGUGAAAGUUAUGUUUUAUGAUUAAUAGGGAGCUUAAGCAACAACGAUGGCGACGGCUACAAAAACGUCGCUUAAAAAGUGAAUUCGCACCGCUUCAAACUUUAUCGCGCUUUUUCGAUCUCGUGUACUUCGUCAAGUGUUGGCAAAUGUUUUUGGAAUUGAAUUCUAAAGGACUGUAUCAGAGUUCAGGAAAAGAAAAGAAAGUUGUUGUCUUGUGUUCCCGUCCUCGACAAAACGUGAAUUCAGGCAUUUUCACGUUGUAGUCGGGCAACGACGGCAAAGAAAUGUACAAAAAAAGUGUGAUGCACGUGCAAAGUUGUUGUUUUGUUAAUCAAACCUAUUGCCUUUUUGCCGUUCUCGUUGCCGUCCACGUCGUCGUUGCUUAAGCUCCCUAUUAUACCACGGCGGCGGCCCUUAUUCGGGGGCAGUGCUUAUUGACUUUUUCUCCUAAAUGCAGCGCUGAGUCGAGGGCGGCGCUUAUUCAAGUUGCAACUAUUAUUAUGCUUAUUGCAACAUUUUUUUGUUGUUGAUCAAUACAGGGUGUAGACUAUAAUGGCAUGGCGCAGAGUAACGAAUUUGGGGCAUACAUAAAGCACACAGCCGAACUGCAACGUGUGAAACUAGAGGGAAUGACAAGAGAGGAGACACUUGCUUUUUUCAUUAACAUCUACAAUGCUCUGGUUAUCCAUGCUAAUGUAGUAAGAGGACCCCCUGUUAAUUUGUGGCAGCGAUAUAAGGUCAGGAUACAAAUAAUUAUUACCAAUUACUGGAUAAGGUUGAGUGUGAUCUGAAAAAUUAUGCAGAUCAAGGAGGGUGUUCGGCAGUCUUUCGGCCUUGGGGGAUAACACCCUUCGAAAUCCCCAUAAUUCUUCAUAUCAUACGAAAGCCGAAUGCAAUAAUUGUUUUAUUAUUUAUUCAAAGUAUUUCGUAGUUUAAAACAAGCGGAAACAUGCUCUCUUCAAUCGACGUUAAGUUCCCGUCGCCUAUGCGCCUACGGAGUCGCAGUACAUGAUAGAAAGGGACGUUUAGUUCUGCGAAUAUUCUCCCAAUAGCAGAUGUCAUCCGUCUAGUCGUAUUUUUGCCUGUUCUUGCUAAUAUGUUUUUAGGCAGUAGUUUCGCCUAACGUGUGAAAUGUUCCUCCAUUUUGUCUUGCUCUACCAAAACAACGUAACUUCGUCCAGAGGGCCUCUCGGUGUCCGUCCAUUUUCCUGGCGACUAUUCUGUAAUAUUGACGUCAUUUUACGGAUAUUGCAAAGUGAGACUUCUUUCAUAUUUCGUCAACGCUUGCUGGUUAUGAAAAAUCAGCUGUGGGAUUUGAGCCAAUCGGAAACGAAGGAAUAAUUUUAAUUAAUAAUGUUGCUAAUGACUGCCAUGGGUUGUUAGUACAAACUGUAAGCAAUAAAAUAAGAAGACAAAGAAUACCCGCGGACUUUUUUAAAAAGAUUUUAAUUCGACUAAAAUUCUUUUCACGCUCCGCACACUUUCGGCGCAGUUCUAACGUCGCAUUUCACCUGUACCGAAUUAAAUGCUAAUGAAGAAAAUCUACUGUUCUCGCUCAUUUGCAUUAGAUUCGGCACACGUACCGCGUGAAAUGCAACGUUUGAAGCGGGUCUUAUACGACUCGACUGAGACGGCAGGGAUAGCACCAUGACUUAAAAGAUGAAUUGAUGCUGUUUCAUACUUCAUCGUGAUUACUCAUUUUUGUUCAAUUUGUCAAAUGUUGGCGAAAUAUUUUCUGCAGUUGAAUUGUUAAGGACACGAUUUCGACAUUAUCCAUGUUCAGAGAAAAAUAAAAGAAAAAAGAAACCAUUGUCCCAAGUUAACGCUCUCAAUAAAAGUGAAAUCAGGCAAUUUAAGGUCAAUAAACAUUUAUUUCGUGCACCGGACACAAAUGACGUAAAACAGUAGAGCAAAAACUAUGAAACAAAACCAAGUAGAUUUUUCCCUGAACAGAAAACAAAGAAGUCUUUUGUUUUACGGUAUCUGUGUCCAGUACACGAACUUUUUACCAAAGAAACUGCCUCCUCCUCGGCCUCAGGCGCAUCGUUUUCGUACUUUGUUCGCUAACGAUCGACGAAGGCGAGCGCAAAUGCCUGGUGACGAAGCGCAAGGGACCACGGUAAGGAAAAAGAAGACUCGCCCGUUUUCUCCUUCUCACUUUCCUUUGCGCGCAACUUUACAUCGAGAAACAGACGUCUGGGAACGAGGCAGGCGAAGAAAUUUACCAAAAGUGUGAUACAAAUGCAAAGUUGUGGUUGCGCUUAUUAAACCUAAUACUAUUUUGACGUUCCGGUUGACAUCGCCGUUGCUUCACUGUCGCUUUCACUAUACGCUCAUUCAUGAGUUGGUUUCUUAAAGCCCUUUGAUUACUCAUGUACUUUAACACUUACUGUGUUUUUUCAAUGGCCAUUUAACCGCUAUUUACGUUAAAUACUUUUGCAGUUUUUCAAUACCAUAUCCUACGUUAUUGGUGGUCACUCGUUUGCCCUCAACGAGAUUGAAAAUGGAGUUCUUCGUUCUAACCGUAAGGCCAUUGGGGCUGUGACUAAACCUUUUUCAAAGAACGACCCCAGAUUAAAGAUAGCCUUACCGGAAGCUGAGCCCAAGAUCCAUUUUGCCCUUGUUUGCGGUGCCAAAAGCUGUCCCCCGAUCAAGACCUACACCUCUGCGGUAAGUCUUCACCUGCUUAGCGGAGACUUUGUCGCCCACGUGUGCUGUUGCUUGCGAAGGUAAACAGGGGCUGUACAGGUCGUGCACUUCUAUUUUCAAAGGGCUGGACAAUCUGUAAAGAAAAAAGUAUCACACUUCACCUACGGUGAACAGGCUACAGUGACCAUACCUUAGGAACCAUGUGUUCUCGGAACAGGCAACCCAUCCUAAAGUAUUUCGAAUGAUUAUAUAAGGGCAUGUUUGCUUUUUUAUUGUUAUGGGACAGUGGGUGAUUGGUUGAAAACAUAUUACUUAUUGGUUUCUUAAUCAUUCGGAAGGAUAGUCUUAAGUUGAAAAUGCGCACGUCUUUUUCCCCGCUUGCUGGCGUUGCUUCCAUAUAUUUGCUCGGUUCUGAUUGGAUCAUUGAUUCCCUGGGCCCAAACUCAACAUAAAACUGUUAUACAGUCCAAGUACUAGACAAGUAAAUGGAUACUUUUCCUUUUUCUGAUGUGCAUAGGGGAUUGACGAGGAGCUGUCCCUCGCAGCUGAGGCAUUUUUGGAAGGAGAGGAUGGUUGUGUCCUUAACAUGCCGAAAAGAGAGGUAUCAUAUUGUCACCUUUAUUUUCCUCUUUUGCUUAAAUACUAUAAACUUGAUGAAGGAGUUAUUAGGAUUUUUAAAAAUGCCAGAGCCAUCGACAUCGUCUGUAAAGAAGUGCAAAGUGAUUUAAACGAAAGCAGUCGAUUUGUCACGAAAUUGCAAAAUCGCGCGGAAAAUAGAAGAGUAACAAACUUUAAUAAUUUUGCUAAUUUUAGUUCCCCUCUACACGUAUCUAGAUAUUUUUGGAAACAAGGAUUUUUUUUCAGCGUUUUAGCUUUCCGUCCAGACGUAAACGGCGUUUUUGGGAGCCAAAAACGCGGGUUUUCAAAAGCGUUCCCCAAAGUGGACGUUUGUGAAUACGAUGAUGUCAUGGUAUGCGGCACCUCGCCACCAAAUUGA